UGACAAUAUGAAACGCGCCUUUUUUACUUCUCCUGAAAAUAAUUAUUUCACUGAUCUCAUUCUUUAGGAUACUUCCUCAUCUACCUGGUUAAGUUUUUUCCUGCUUAUUUUAGUUCCAUAUUCAUCUUCUGGUUCUCUCAACUGUGACACCCAUCUGUCGACACUAAUUACAUGCAAAUUGUUACCAAAUUCAGUGUUAAGGAACAAAACCCAAAAUUCUGCUCCAGUUCCAUUAAAAAUUAAUUUUUACAGGAAUAACAUCUGAAAAUGAUGCUUUCGCGCUCUAAACCUGCUCUUCAGAAACAAAAAAUUGCCCCAGUACAGUCUAAAAAGAUUCCGAAUUUAACAGAAUUUAUUGACAAACGGGAUUUUACCGGUGCACUAACUGUUUCAGAGUUUGAGCGUUGCUGUGGCAAUUCAAAUGUUGAGACAGAUUUAUGGGUCGCAUACUCAGCUUUUCACUUGGGAGAUUAUAAAAAAGCCGCAGAAGAAUACAGAAAACUUCUUGAAAAACCUAAUGCGCCUCCAGAAGUUCACACUUAUCUCGCAUGUUGUUACUUUUUCCUCGGAAUGUACCAGGAAGCAUCGAAAUGCGCUAAAGACGGCCCAAAAUCCAAAUUACAAAGUAGGCUUUUGUUCCAUAUAGCUAACAAAUUUAAUGACGAGCGUGCUCUUCUAAGUCAUCAUAAUGCUCUAGACAACUCAAUAGAAGACAAACUAUCUCUAGCUUCAGUUCAGAGCCUAAAAAACCACCACCAGGAAGCCAUUGACAUAUACAAACAUGUCCUGCAGGAUAACCGGGAGUAUUUGGCAUUACAUGUAAACAUAGCUUUAUGUUACUAUAAGAUGGAUUAUUACGACUUAUCUCAAGAAGUAUUAGGAAUAUACCAACAGCGUUAUCCGGAUAGUGCAACGGCUAUCAAUCUGAAAGCGUGCAUCAAUUUUAGAUCGUAUAAUGGAAAGGCAGCUGAAGCAGAACUAAAAGCUCUUCAACGUGUUUCUACUUCAUCUUUUACAUAUGCACAAGACCUCAUUAAGCACAACUUAGUCGUGUUCCGAAACGGAGAAGGAGCUUUGCAGGUGCUACCCCCAUUGUUAGACGUCCUGCCAGAAGCAAGGCUUAAUCUCAUCAUUUUCCAUUUGAAAAAUGACGAAUUACAAGAAGCAUAUGAACUUAGUAAAGAAAUUGAUCCAAGUACACCACAAGAAUAUGUAUUAAAAGGAGUUGUGAAUACUAUUCUUGGUCAAGAGCAUGGAUCACGAGAGCAUUUAAAGCAGGCUCAACAAUACUUCCAGCUGGUAGGAGGAUCAGCCAGCGAAUGUGAUACAAUAUCCGGUCGUCAGUGUAUGUCUUCUUGCUUCUUCCUUCUUCGGCAGUUUGAUGAUGUUCUUACAUACUUAAACUCAAUAAAAAGCUACUUUUAUAAUGACGACAUAUUUAAUUUCAACUAUGCUCAAGCCAAAGCAGCUGUAGGAGCGUACAAGGAAGCACAAGAAGUAUUCCUAUUCAUUCAAUCAGAACAUAUUCGUUCAGAAUAUACCUAUUUAAGUUGGUUAGCACGCUGUUACAUAAUGACUAAACAAGCUCGUUUAGCAUGGGAAUUAUAUCGAAAAAUGGAAACUUCUGCUGAAUCUUUUAGUCUACUACAGUUAAUAGCUAAUGAUUGUUAUAAAAUGGCACAAUUUUAUUAUGCUGCUAAAGCAUUUGAUGUGCUAGAGAGGUUAGAUCAAAAUCCAGAAUAUUGGGAAGGUAAACGUGGUGCAUGUGUCGGUGUUUUUCAACUUAUAAUCGAUGGACAAGAACCUAAAGAAAGACUUCGAGAAAUAAUUCAAAUAUUACGCAAUACAAAUAAUCCUCAAACAGAAUAUCUUAUAAGUGUUAUGAAGAAAUGGGCAAAAGAAAACAAGAUUGUUGUAUAAUGAUGAUGAUAAUAAAGUGUUGUGCAUGA